GCGGUGCGCGGGGCCGUUGCCAUAGCAGCGGGAGCCAACAGGGAGGCGCCGCCAUGAGCCCGCCCGAGGUGGAGCCGCUCGUGGGCCGCAAGUACGAGAUCAAAAGGCGCCUGGGCAAGGGGGCCUACGGCAUCGUCUGGAGAGCAACUGACCGCCAGACAGGAGAAACAGUUGCUGUUAAAAAGAUUUUUGAUGCUUUCAGGAACAGAACAGAUGCUCAGAGAACAUUUCGAGAGAUUAUGUUCCUGCAGGAAUUUGGAGAGCAUCCAAAUAUCAUCAAGCUGCUCGAUGUUAUCCCAGCAGAGAAUGACAAGGACAUCUACCUCAUCUUCGAGUCCAUGGAGACUGAUUUACAUGCUGUGAUUAAGAAGGGAAAUUUGCUGAAAGACAUCCACAAGUGUUACAUUCUCUACCAACUCCUGAAGGCAACUAAAUUCAUCCACUCAGGGAAUGUUAUUCACAGGGAUCAGAAGCCUUCCAACGUGCUGCUGGAUGCCCAGUGCAGCGUGAAGCUGUGUGACUUCGGGCUGGCGCGCUCGCUGUGCCAGCGGGGCGAGCCGCAGCCCGGCCCCGCGCUCACCGAGUACGUGGCCACGCGCUGGUACCGAGCGCCCGAGAUCCUGCUGGCCUCCCGCCGUUACACUAAGGGUGUGGACAUGUGGAGCAUUGGCUGUAUUCUUGGCGAGAUGCUGCUUGGAAAGCCUCUUUUUCCUGGAACAUCAACAAUGAACCAAAUAGAGCAGAUCCUGAGGGUCAUCCCUGCUCCGUCCCCAGAAGAUAUUUUGGCUCUGCAGUCGGAGUACAAGGCCUCAGUUAUUAAGCACAUGAGUUCCAGGCAGCGAGUAGCAUUUGAGGAGAUUUUCCCAUCCUCCACUCCUCUGCCUGCCUUGGAUCUGCUGAAGAAACUUCUGGUCUUUAACCCUGACAAACGGCUCACAGCAGAGGAGGCUCUGCAGCAUCCUUACGUGAGCAGAUUCCACUGUCCUUCCAGGGAGCCCUCUUUGGAUUUUGAUGUUAUACUUCCUUUGGGUGAUGAUGUCCAGCUGUCUGUGGCAGAAUAUAGAAAUAAAUUAUAUGAGAUGAUCCUUGAAAAGAAGUCAGAUAACCUUUCAAAGGAGCAAGGGCAGAGAGAAAACAUUCAGCUGAGCCAGUCUGAGUCCAGCACACCUCUGCCAGGUUUCAGCUCAGUGGCUGCACCCACCAGGAAAGGGCAGCAAGAGCCAGCACCCCCUCUGCUAAACCCUUCACAUGUGCACCCUGGAGCCACAGCUGGGGCCCAGCCAGCAGGGUCCAGCCAGAGCAAGGAUUUGGCCAGAACUCUGGCUCAGAGGUCGCAGAUUAGUGUGAUGGUGUACAACCCCAUCACACACACCACUGUGCAGAGAAAUGCAAAUCCUGGUGCUGGGAUCAGGAACUGUUCUGCACCACCUCAACAGUCCAGAAUCUCCAACAAUGAGAAACUAGGGAGACAAAUCACAUGGCCAAACACUCGGCUCUCUCCUACAACUGUGCAGAACCUUUACAAUAACCCCAGAAACUCUCAGUGUCCCAGCAAAGAUGUUCGCCCCCUUCUGAAGCCCAGUAAGAAGAUGUUCCAGAUCACUGCAAAUGUGGGAGCUGCGGGUGAUCCAAGGGCAUCCAUGGGCAGCUACUCCCAGGCCUAUGGAACCAUCAGUAAAUCUGCACUGCAGAGUCUUCCAAUAGCAAAGGCCUCCAAAAACCCUGAGCAGUGACUGUGCAGAUAUUCCAGACAGGUGAAGUACAGCUCAGCCCUCAGCCCCUGACAGGGCAAGAGCAGCAGGGGAGAGCAAACUAUGAGGAAAUGCUUUAUUCACUGCUUAGGACAAUGUCCUCCUCUCCUCUGGACAAGCUCAUGGGAAAGGGAAUCCCACUCCUCUGCCUUCUAGACUCAGCAGGCAAGGACACAGCGUGUUUGUUCUCACACCCUGAGAACAGUGGAUGCUGUCACUUUACACUCCUUGUUUGAAUUACUGCAAAAAACACAGAAAACUGCAUUAUUCUGAUACUUGAAUGGUUUUUAGACAUAUUCAGGAUCUGGGGAACCUCCUGAAGUUCAACAAGGCCUAGUGCAAGGCCAAGAAAAUACUCUGAAGGCUUGAGUCCUUCUGCUCUGGAGAUAGGCUGGGAGAACUGGAGGUGUCCAGCCUGGAAGAAAGAAGGCUCCAGGAAGACCUCAGAGCCCCUUCCAGUGCCUGCAGGGGCGCCAGGAGAGCUGGAGAGAGACUUUGUGCACGGGCCUGGAGUGACAGGACAAGGGGAAUGGCUCCCCACUGCCAGAG